GCUGGUGGAGACUUAGACUGCCAUCCGGCCUGGGGAGCCAAACUCAUAUCUGGCGCCAUCCUCGCUCUCUUCUUGCCUUUUUGCUUGCUGUCUUCCGCUCCCCACUGCCUGCCUGCCUCUUGUCUACCCGGCCAGACGCCACCACCGCACCGUCGUGCCCAGCUUCCAUCCAGACUCGCGUCUAGCGGCCGCAGCGAUCAGCGCAGCCCACCGUCGCAACCCGUCGGCACCAGGGACCCUGCAGCGCGCGGCAACGGCGAUGCAGACAGCGUGACCACGCUCUCUCCUCUUGUUCUCUGGACUCUCCCACUACAUCCGCUCCUUGCCCCCUCGCGCGCCCGCACCAUGCCUCCACGCGACGCCAACUGGAUAGAUGGCCUGCGUGGCAUUGCGUCCUUCAUGGUCGUGUCCGGCCAUCUGUGCACCGCCCUCGUACCGUGGCUGCACUCGCCCGCCAGCGACCCCAAGACGGCGCCCCACCUGUUCCAGCUGCCCUUCUUCCGCCUCGCCGUGGGCGGCCGCAGCGCUGUUGCUAUAUUCUUCCUCGUCACGGGCUACGUCAACUCGAUCGGGCCCAUCAGCAAGUCGCGCGCCGGCAACCAUGACGCAGCCUUCACCGGCAUUGCGCGCUCCGCCCUCGCGCGCUCCGGCCGCCUGGUCCUGCCCACGCUGGCCGCGACCUUCGUUACCUGGUUCAUGGCGAACACAAACGCAUACCACAUGACCAAGCACGUCGAUUCGACGUGGAUUCGCCAGGGCUGGCACAGACAGGAGCCAACGCUGUGGGCUGCCUUCAAGUCGCUGGUCAAGGUCGAGACGGAAACGUGGACAAUUGGUUGGAACGAGUAUGACGGGACACAGUGGACUCUGCACUUGUUCCUGGAGGCUAGCAUGCUGGUCUACACCACCAUGUUCGCCACCGCCAUGGUCAAGCCAAAGGCGCGCAUGCUGAUCUACGGUGUGCUGUACCUGUACUUCUGGCAGAUGGGCGAGGGUCUUGCAAUCGGAGCCCUCAAGGGCCUCAACGUCGUUACCGGCAUGUUCGUCGCCGAGCUCCACAACCACUACAAGGACUCAGCGACCGCCGUCCUCCCUGCGCCCAUUCCCGCCAUUAUGAUAGUUUUUGGCAUGUUCAUCGCCGGCUACCCACAAGACAGCCCCCAGAACGCCCGCUGGUCGCACGUCAUGCAGCAGAUGAUGCACAGCAUUACAUGCGAGAAGGCUGACGUGCGUCGCUACUGGGACCAUAUUGGUGCUUCCACCGUGCUCCUCGGCAUCUUCUUCUCCGCCAGGGCCCGCAGGGUUUUAACGUCCCCGGUCUUUAACUUCCUAGGCCGGGUUAGUUUUCCUGUGUACCUAUUGCACAACACGUUCAUUAAGUCGGUCCUUACCUGGAUGAUCUACCUCCCGUCCGCCAUGAACCCACCGCGAAACGAGAAGGGCGAGCAGCUCGACCUUCAGCGCGGGUCCACGACACACAUCUUCGUUGCCGUGGCCAUCUUCUACUACCUUCUGUACCGCACAGCGGCGCUUUGGAUCAAGCACGUUGACCCAAUAUGCGCCAACAUAGUAAACGCCGCAACAAAAUGGGCGUACGGCGAGCCGCAACAACGAGCACCUCGGCCGAUCCUUGCCAACGGCAGCGGAUCUCCCAAGCAGAUCUCAGUCCUACCGUCAUGAGACCAGGACCCCGUCUCCCACAUCUCGACAUCCAUUCUUGUGCAUCAUCAGCAGAGCCUGGUCCUCUGCGCCUUCACCCCCAACCUAUCACUUUUAGUACAAACCCAUCUCCUAUUUUGUCACGAACGAACAUUACAGAGCGAGCGAGCAAACAGCGAGCAAACUAUUUCCUUGAACUUGUCUUAAACAAAAAUUUGGAGCGAAAGAUUUUUGAAUCAGCAUCUGGUCGGAACGCAUUUGCAUAUAUAUCGGUGCCGAUUGUUUGAGUAUCUUGUUGGAGGGGGGUUGUAGGAUACUUUUGCGUAGGCACGAGCGAGAGAGAAGACGGGGCGAUAUAUGAUAGAAAACAAGAUAAGAUGAGAUU